CCACCAUUCAGUAAACGUCAUCGUCACAAAACUCCCGGUAUCCAUGCCGAUACGAGUGAACAUCUUCCAAGACGGCGAAGACAGCGCGCUUGGAUUCGCGCCAAACCCGCGGGGCAUGAAGCGCGCCCACGAGCUCGACGCGGACGACGACGGGGACACCCCACGCAAAGGAUGGAAGCGGCUCACAACCAAGGAAGAAGUGACACUCUUUGAGAUCUGCAAUCGCCAUGCAGACAGCUUCGGCCGACGCAGCGAUCUGUGCAAUUGGUGGAAGACCGUUGCAGACGAGUUCUCCCACGCAAAUGGCCGCCCGUAUUCCUGGCACUCGGUGCGGAGGAAGGUGGAAAUGGUGACGAAGAAGCGCAUCAAGUUCCUCGAAGAUCAACAGCAGCGACAACGAGAUUUAUCCGGCACGAUUCCGGUUCCCGACGUGAUGAAUCCGCAGUGGUGCGCUGUGCUUGAUCUUUGGAUCCCGACUUGGCAACAUUGGGAGGAAUCCGAGGCGCAACGGAUCGCCAAGCGCGACGCGACCUAUCGCAAACGCUCCCAGAGUAAACUCGAUAGUCUGUGGAAGCCUCCACCUCAAACUGCAGCCCCGGCCUUGGAACCGGUCGACCUGACUUCUCCGGCUAGCCCUGAUGAUACCGGCAUGGAUGAUGCCAAUGAUUCCUACGAGGGUCCUAUCGUUCUAGUCACGAGGAGUCCCCAACCCACGGCUGUCCCUGCUACGGCAGCGCCUUCGGUCGACAGACUUUCUUCCAUUCCACCGUCCAUUCCGCUAUCUAAUGGGGGUGUCAGGCUACCCCCAGGAUUCGAUACUAUGUUUGCAAACAAUCAUUCCCAGUCCAAUCGGUGGCCUGCAACCUUCCCACCGGCGCCCAAAGCAGCGGCAGAGCCAUCAUCGGAUAACCCCGUGUUCAACGCCAUGCUCGAGGCUAUCGGAAAACUUAAUAAACACCUCGACAACGCAUCGGACAACAACAAAAACAAAGUUGGUCCAGAUGCUCGCGCUUCGCCCGUGAUAUCAGCUCUUGUUCAAUCAGCCACUGAAUCUACCCCGCAACACCAAGCUUCACCAGAGGUCUCACGUCGAGCCGCAAGCAGCAUCUCCUCCAGAGAUUAUGAGCGAAUGAAAGAAGAACUACGGCAAGAGUUGAAGGAUGAAUUCCGACGAGAGAUGAGGGCCGAACUACGUCGAGAGCGGGCCGCUUUCGAGGAGAAGCUUGAUUCUGUUCAAAGAACACAAGAUAUGAUCUUAGAGAUGUUGAGGCAAGAGCCGGCCUGACGGGAUAGAGUUGGCUUUUUUUGAUCUUUCUUGGGACUUGCCUCCCAAGGUUCCCUUGGCGUUUGUCGUUGUUUUGUAUGCUUUAUGUUGAGAUGAUACCCACUCGCGCUACUUGAGCUAUUAUUGCUUUCUCUUUAUGAUACCUAUUCUUCCGAAUCAUUCAUGAUCGACCGAUCUAAGUUCAAAAGCUGAGCCCUCAAGAAAAGUUGAUGACGAU